AUUUUUAUUUUUUUUUUAUUAAUUAUUAUAUGGAAUCAUGUGGAUAAAGCAUAGAAAAUUGUCAUUAGGCCUUGUGUUUAUAUUUACAGCAAGUCUCCUAAUUUCGUGCUAUUAUAUCUAUGACAAACAAAGUAAUACGAUGCGUAAUUAUGACGAACAAUAUUUAGCAUAUCUACCCCAUUCUGGACUUUCAAAUCAAAGAAUCGAACUAGCCAACGCUCUAUUACUAGCAGCCAUACUAAAACGCACCCUCAUCGUCCCACCUGCAUUCCUGGGAAGUGUGGUGGGAUGGAUGCCCAUGGAGCAAUUACUUGAUCAUCUGAGUUGGUUGACAACACCCAAAGAUUUUGACUCAUUAUGUCAACGACCCACACCUGGCGACUUGCAUAGUUAUACACAAAGAAGCAAAUGUGCUGAAUACAACCAAUUUGCUGCUAUACCUUGGAGUCAACUUCAUGACUUUUCCUCACUCGAACCGCAUGUAAAGAUACGUUUUCAUGAUACCGUCUCCUUUGAAAAAUUACAGGCUGACUUGGGCGUCACAGACGACGAAACCUAUGUUCACCGUGACGACCAUUUAUACGACUGGAGACUCUAUGAAGACAUUGAGGAGGCGAAUAGAAUAUUAGCCAAUGGAUCCAACUUUGUUGACUCCUUUACCGAUAGAAAAUUCUACAAGAUUUUCACACCCUCAGAUUGGCAGAAUAAAAAACAAAGGUUACUUCAUUUAGGGGGUAUUUUUGGCUCUACAAGAAUGAAUAUGGUCAAACCAAAACAUAUUCAGUUACAAAAGAUGAUAUCGGAGACACUUCAUUACAGAUUGGAUACACCUCUGGGAGAGACGGUGGCGGGGAUUGUGGAACAUUUGGGUGGUAAAGCAACGUUUAAUGGGAUUCACUUUCGACUGCGAGAUGUCCCUUUUAAAAAAUACGCUCUCGAUAAUCUUCAUGCAUUUGAACGUAAUAUGUCGAUUGCCACAGGUACCCCUGUACCACCUUUACCGCCGUAUGAUGAAUUUGGCGUGCUUACAUCCUUACCGAAACCCCCUCCUUUACCUCAGGAUACGAUUCCUCUAAAACCCCAAACAGACUUGACUUUACCGCCAUGGGUCAAUGUCUGUGAGAAUGUGUCACCCCAUAUCAAUAGAUCAAUGGAACACGUAGGAUGGAGGGCGGUUGUCUACAUAGCAACAGACCACCGAGAUCUUCGCGCAGAAAAUAGUCGACUGCUGGAAUGGUUUGAUUAUUUCCCCUGCACCUUGACCCUCAAUGAUAUACCAAAAGAAUUAUUAGAUCCGCUGGAUGAACUCCAUUGCAUGUUUAACCCAUCCAAGUCAUUGAAAAACUAUCUUAUUCCACUGGUGGAUGCCAUGGUCGUUGCUCAUGCAAGAAGAAUAUUUACAACACCCAGAUCCACCUUUUCCAAAUACAUUGGAGAAUUGAACGAGGCUUGGGUACUGAAAGAACAAGGCUAUACCUUGGCAUCAUUCUAUACUUAUUAAAAAAAACAAAAAAACCUUCUGUAAUAAAAAAAUCACACGCAUAUAUAGACAACCCGACUUCUAUUCAGGGCCACUUUUUUUUUUUUUUUUAAUAAAUCACAAACACCCCAAAUAAAGAAAUACUCCCUACUGGGAUGACAGUCUG